UGGCAUGAUAGUCUUGCCGAAGCCAUCGACAUGUCCAUUGCUUCAAUUCCCAUCAGUCUAGAUUACUAUCCGUCAUUGCAUUUGGUAAUGGGUUGUUUUGGUGAAAUCACGUGCAUAAGUGCAAUGGCUCGCGACCAUGUUUCAACUGCGAAAGGCGAGGAGUUGGGUCAUCGUGUUCGUACAGCCACUUGGUUGAAGACGAUGGCUCAAGAGCUUCUCAAGGCCAACGUGAUUCUCUCAUGGCUUCGCCAAACACCAACCUUGCAACACCAGUCUCACCUCCUUCCACGAGCACGAUCCCUGUACAAGAUUCUGAGCAACCUGACGGCUCCUCAGGUUCCAGAACCUUCCCAUCGAGGUCUUCAAGUCGUGGCGGAGGGCGGCAAGGCGAGAGUAGCGGCCAAGAUCAGCCCACAGAAAACCUCGUCGGCAAUCUCUUCAAAAGCCGUGAUGCCCCGUCCUUCUUCGGCUCUUCGUACUUCGGCCCUCAAGCCGCCGCGAAAAUCAUUCAAGCACCCGCCCCAGAGCUAUCGUCUGGUCUCAGCUCAAAACCCCAAGCGGGAUCAACACAUUCGUUCCGGGAGGAGAACGGUCCAUUUUCACAAAUAUGGGAUCUCCUAGGGCUGCUGCCACGCAAAAAGUCCACCGUCGACAGGCUGACGGAAUGUUUCCUCAACGAGCUCAAUUGGGCGAUUGACGCUGUUCAACCAAACUCUUUCAAGGCUAAGUACGAGAACUUUUGGUCGCGGAAGUUUGGCUUUGAUGAUUUUGCCACAAUUGAUCUUCGCUGGCUGGCUUUGCUAUUCAUUGUCUUGGCAUAUGGCGUGUUGUUGGAUUGCCCAAGACCGCGGAACAGGGAGGUACAACGAGAGGUCUACGACACGUCACAACGGUUCUAUUGGGCUGCCAGGAGAGCCAUAGUGAUUGCGCCGACUUUUUACGGCGAGUCAACGGAUCUCGUGCGAGCUGGUGUUCUAGUCACUCGCUAUCUCAUCUACACUCGUCGCGUGCCAGAGUCCUGGCUCACAACGAGCUUUGCUAUGCGCAUGGCCCAAGCCCAGGGUAUGCAUAUCGACGGUGAAAGGUGGAGGCUUCCCAGGAAAGAGACUGAGACCAGACGACGCUUAUGGAGCAACCUUUACAUGCUCGAUAAAACCAUAGCAUUAGCUCUUGGACGACCGUUUGCCAUUGUUGAUCAACAGUGUCUUGUCAAGCAGGCGUCCAACGUUUGGUUAGAUGAUCUGGAUGACGAGGAGGCCGCCUCUGUGCCAGAAGCCCCCCUUUCAGAACCUACCGCGAGCGUAUUUAGCCGUCUAGCUCAUGAGCUUGCCGUUGUUGUUGGAAAGAUACAAGAGCGAUGUUUCGGUCUAUUCACAGUCUCCUACGAAACAGUCCUCACGCUUGACAAAGAAAUCGAUACCUGGAAAGGCAGGCUACCACCGUACUUCGAGUUAGAGGACCCAGACGUCUCCAAAGAUGACCGUCACCCGUUUCUCCCCUGGCAGAGAUUACAUCUACACAGCAUGUACAAUUUCGCACGGGUAACACUUCACCGGCCGUUUUUGCUCCGACAAUCAAUCACGAACAGGUACAAACACAGUCACGACGUGUGUAUCGCAUCCGCCUGCGCGGACCUUGAUAUGGGUCUCAAGAUGUUCAACCAACCUCUCAACGACCGGCUGAAAUGGAGUCUAGGGCCACACAACCUCUUCAACAGUGCUCUGGUGCUGGGCAUCAUCGCUGUCCGCGAUCCUCAUUCUCGGCGUUCUCAGGCUAUUCUCGAAGACUUGUCCGCGUAUUGCGAGAUGCAGAGGAACGACGUUUGGCUCAAUGAGUUUGCCCUCGCCGAAGUCAAGAUUGUUGAGCUCUGCGUCAAAAAGUCAAGGCAGUCUCACCCGCCACCAGCCAACACCCUAGUACCGCUGGCUCUAGCGUCAGCUUCGCCUAGCAGGCGCUUCUCCCAGCCAGUUGAUCGACCACCAGUAAUGGAGACCCAACCUCAGUUGCCAGUUGAGAGUCCCGACUUCGAUCCUCUGAUGGCUGGCUUGGGACUUCCUUACAGCACGACGAGCGCGCAGAUGACGUGGGAUGACCCUGGAUUCUUUCUUCCUGAGAGCGGUGACCUGUCACAAUGGGAGCAUGUGAUCAACACUCUUAUGCAUGAUCAAUCAAGCAUAUGAUCUGUGUACGAUUGCUAUAAUCAUAGCUUAGAACAGUAUGAGGGAAAUCACAUAGGUAACUCUAGACCAGUGCAAGAGCUAUGAGACAUAUGUAUCCAAAUACUAGCUACAUGUAUUGCUCUGUGUCGAAACCUAACAUGGCAUCAUCUAAAGUAACUUACCUAGUAAGUAAGUACUGCAUAUCUGCUAGUGAGACUAUGUCAAAUCCGUCAAUACCAUGUAACACAGUUGAGACUUUCAUUGUAUAUUCGGAAGGCCAUAGGCAUAUGGGGAGGUAUUCAACGGGGGGAGUCCUGAGUAGUCAUCUACAACAAUAGCACUGGUGGAGAUGGGUUGCUGGUUAUUGUAAUGUGCAUGCCAGGAACGAAAAUAUCUGAAAGA